AUGAGCUCCUCUUCCAAUCGCUCCACAGAGGAAAAAAAGAACUACGUGUAUGCGCAGGAACAAAACCUCGAGGCCGGCAAGUACACCACGCACGACGACGCGGCCAGCACCGGCGUCCCCCAGUCCAAAUGGAAGGAAUUCAAGGACAGCUUCAAGCGCAUGGAGGUCGAGGAACUCGACCCCAACUUGACCGAGGCUGAGAGAAUCGCCAUCGCCACGGCCAAGUCGCCUUUGCAGCGUCACUUGAAGAACAGACACUUGCAGAUGAUCGCCAUCGGUGGUGCCAUUGGUACCGGUCUGUUCGUGGGUUCCGGUACGGCUCUGAGAACCGCCGGUCCCGCCGGUAUUCUGAUCGGUUGGGGUCUCACCGGUACCAUGAUCUACUGUAUGGUCAUGGCCAUGGGUGAAUUGGCCGUUUGUUUCCCUGUCUCCGGUGGUUUCACCACCUACGCCACUAGAUUUAUCGACGAGUCCUUCGGUUACGCCAACAACUUCAACUACAUGUUGCAAUGGCUCGUCGUGCUACCCCUGGAAAUUGUAGCCGCCUCCAUCACCGUCAACUACUGGGGAACAGACCCCAAGUACCGUGACGGGUUUGUCGCGCUUUUCUACGUUGUCAUCGUCAGCAUCAACAUGUUCGGUGUCAAGGGUUACGGUGAGGCCGAAUUCGUGUUCUCCUUCAUCAAGGUCAUCACCAUCAUCGGCUUCAUCAUUCUCGGUAUUGUCUUGGUCUGCGGUGGUGGCCCAGUCGGUGGCUACAUCGGUGGUAAGUACUGGCACGACCCGGGUGCCUUCUAUGGCCACACAGCCGGCUCCAGAUUCAAGGGUGUUUGUUCCGUUUUCGUCACCGCCGCCUUCUCUUUUGCUGGUUCAGAAUUGGUAGGUUUGGCUUCUGCUGAAACUGAAGACCCAAGAAAGUCUCUUCCACGUGCCGCCAAACAAGUCUUCUGGAGAAUUACUUUGUUUUACAUUAUUUCGCUAUGUUUGAUCGGUUUGUUGGUUCCUUACACUGACAAAAGAUUGAUCGGUGCUUCUUCCGUCGAUGCUGCUGCCUCUCCAUUCGUGCUGGCCAUCGAGACCCACGGUAUCAAGGGUUUGCCAAGUGUCAUCAACGUGGUCAUCUUGAUCGCUGUGUUGUCCGUCGGUAACUCUGCUGUCUUCGGUUGUUCCAGAACUUUGACUGCUUUGGCCGAACAAGGUUUCUUGCCAAAGAUUUUCGCCUACAUUGACAGAAAGGGUAGACCAUUGGUCGGUAUCUUGGCUACUUCUAUCUUUGGUCUAUUGUCCUUCAUUGCUCAAUCUGAACACGAAGGUGACGUUUUCAACUGGUUGUUGGCCUUGUCUGGUCUAUCUUCUUUGUUCACUUGGGCUGGUAUCUGUAUGUGUCACUUGAGAUUCAGGAGAGCACUAUCUGCGCAAGGUAGAUCCACGGAUGAGUUGGCUUUUGUCUCCCCAGCUGGUGUUUGGGGUUCUUUCUACGGUGUCUUUUUGAUCUUUUUGAUUUUGAUUGCUCAAUUCUGGAUCGCUUUGUUCCCAGUUGGCGGCUCUCCAAGUGCAGAAAACUUCUUCGAGGCCUACUUAUCUUUGCCAGUCGUCCUUUUCAUGUACAUUUGUCACAAGGUUUACAAGAGAAACUGGAAGCUAUUUAUCAGAGCCAAGGAUAUCGACAUUGAUACUGGUAGAAGAGAGGUUGACAUUGAAGCACUAAAGCAAGAAUUGGCUGAGCAAAGAGCUAUCUUGGCCACCAAGCCACUAUAUUACAGAGCUUUCCAAUUCUGGUGUUAA